UUUCACUCUCACUAUGUGGCUCUCUUGCACGCCAAAGUACGCGGUUGCUUCCUUCAGUCGUCAGAUCUUUAAAUCUUAUUUCCAUGUUUUGGGUCGAUGGAGAUGCAACGUAGCGGCGUUCAUGCCGGAAGCUGCGGGGUUUGAAGGCGUGUGGGACCGCUCGGCGCUGCAGGACUUCUCGGUGUCUGACAGCGAGAGCUUCUGGGCCGCUGCGGCGCGUCAGAGACUCAGCUGGAUCAGGGCUUUCCACACGGUCCAGGACUGUGACCUGAGCCGGGGGCAGAUCAGGUGGUUUGAGGGAGGGAAGCUGAAUGUGUCCGUCAACUGCCUGGACCGUCACGUGCACACCUGUCCAGAGAGGGUGGCCCUGAUCUGGGAGAGAGAUGAGCCGGGGUCAGAGGUCAAGGUCACCUACAGGCAGUUACUGGAGAUGACGUGCCGCCUGGGGAACCUGUUAAGGCGGCGUGGCGUGAAGAGAGGCGACUGCGUCACCAUCUACAUGCCACCCUGCCCUCUGGCUGUGGCGUCAAUGUUGGCCUGCGCCCGUAUCGGUGCAGCACACAACGUGGUGUUUGCGGGGUUCAGUGCAGAGGCCCUCGCAGAGCGGAUCAGAGACGCUCAGUCCAGCACCGUCAUCACGGUGAACCAGGGCGUCAGAGGAGGAAAGCUCACAGAGCUGAAGGCGACGGUGGACGCCGCCGUUCACAACUGCCCGACAAUACAGCAGGUGUUUGUUGCCAUGAGAACAGAAAAUCCAGUCGCCAUGACAGCCAGGGAUGUCGCCAUGGAAGAGGAGAUGCUGAAGGAGGAUGUGGUGUGUGAGCCGGCUGCCAUGGACAGUGAGGACGUCCUGUUCCUGCUUUACACAUCAGGCAGCACGGGGAAGCCCAAAGGACUGGUCCACACUCAGGCUGGAUACCUGCUGUAUGCUGCUCUCACACACAGGUACGUCUUCAGUUACCAUGACGGAGAUGUGUUUGGCUGCGUGGCAGAUAUUGGUUGGAUAACAGGACACAGUUACAGUGUUUACGGGCCUCUGGCCAACGGGGGAACCACUGUCCUGUUUGAAAGCACUCCCAUUUACCCCGACCCAGGAAGGUACUGGGAGAUGGUUCAGAGACUUAAGAUAAACCAGUUUUAUGGGGCUCCCACAGCGAUCCGCCUGCUCCUAAAGUACGGAGACCAGUGGGUGCACGAAUACGACCGAUCAACCCUCAAAACUCUUGGCUCUGUGGGCGAGCCCAUCAACACUGAAGCGUGGGAGUGGUACUACCGAGUGGUCGGGGACGGACGCUGCCCUGUGGUGGACACCUGGUGGCAAACAGAGACAGGUGGCAUCUGUAUCAGCCCGAGGCCAUCAGACCCAGACGCAGAGAUUGUCCCAGGAAUGGCUAUGAGACCUUUCUUUGGCAUUAAGCCUGUUCUCAUGGACACUGAGGGAAAAGAGCUGACUUCCAACGACACCUCUGGAGCUCUGUGUAUAGCUCAGCCAUGGCCUGGUAUGGCUCGAACUAUUCAUAACAAUCACCAAAGAUUUAUUGACACCUACUGUCAGCCUUAUCCUGGUUACUUCUUUACUGGUGAUGGCGGCUAUCGCUCUAAGGACGGUUAUUACCAGAUCACUGGACGCCUUGAUGAUGUCAUUAAUGUGAGCGGUCACAGGAUUGGGACCGCAGAGAUUGAGGAUGUGGUGAAUCAAUGCUCUGCAGUGGCGGAGUCUGCCGUCAUAGGAUACUCACAUGACAUCAAAGGACAAGGUGUUUAUGCCUUUGUGGUGCUAAAAAAGGAUGUGGACAUUCAAGAGGCGGAUCUGUCUCUCGAGCUAAACAACAUGGUAUCUACAAAGAUCGCCAAGUACGCCAGUCCAGACUUCAUCCAGUUCGUCAGGCGGCUGCCGAAGACGCGCUCAGGUAAGAUAAUGCGCCGGGUGCUGCGGAAAGUGGUGGAUCGGGACUUGAACAGGUUGGGUGACCUCAGCACGCUGGAUGAUCCGGCAGCAGUUGAAGAGAUCAUCCAAGGUCACCGCGAGCUCUGCGGUAAACAACAAUCGUCAUGAUAAUAAAGAGGAAAGCGAUGCUUGGACGUUACUCCCUCAUUCACUUAAAGAGACUUUAAAAUUGUAUCAAAAUGUAUUUUAAUGGCAAAAUACUGUUUUUAUUGUACAUUAAUUUUUUUUAAUCAAA